UUGCAAUUCUUUGCAUUUUAGUUACCUUUAAUUUAUAUUAUUUUUUCCACUUGUAUUGCACAAUCAAUUACUUACAAAUUCAAAAUGAAAAAUCGCUAUAAGCACUCAGCGCGCAACCAGGCGAAACCUAUCGAUUCAAAAGGUCAUUUGCGCGGAUUUGGACCUGCCGGACUAACGCGCUUUCCCGAAAUUGAGGACGUGUGCGAGGCUAUGGAGGGCAAAAGAGCAUACUGUCAACAAACUUUUGCUACGACCGUGCGAUUUGCGCAGUUAGUAGACGCUACCCUCGGAAAAAUGGGCAUGGCAUACAAAUUGGGCAACGCGAGCACAGGGAAGGCCAUGGAUUACCAAACCUGUGCGCACAUUAUUUACGGCGCCAUGCUCAAGAAACGUGGGGGCCUAGAGCCAAAUUUGGGCAAAAUUUCGGAAUUAGAAGCCAUAACAGCCUUUAUGUUUGAUAUGGUAAACAGGUUCAAAGUGUAUUAUCCUGACACUAUAACGGUUACCAGUUUAUCAGGGCACCUGGACGGACACCUUUUGUACAUGGCAUCUGGCUCGUACAACACAAUUAAACGCUUAACUUUAAAGCAUGUCACUGACAACGGACCGCGCCUACUCGAUCCAUUGAGCGACAUUGCGCAAACCCCCUUGCUAUUGACCAAUGCCGAGCUCCAGCGAGUAGAGAAGGACAUUGAUGAGUUGGAGAAACAGUCGCAGCCCAGCGCACAGAAUACGCGCGAGGUCGAGAAUGUUAUAAACAUCAUCAACAACCUGGCUAUUAAAAAAUUCCCAACAAAUAGGGUGCGCGUCAGCCUGUUUGGAUCGCGCGUCUAUGGUAUGUGCUCCAAUAACAGUGACCUGGAUAUUUCGGUGACAGCCGAGCUGGACACUACAGACUACGAUACCGCUUUGGCCCGCUUUCUUAGCCAAGUCGCAAUAAUGAUCGAGUAUGUCCGUGGCUUCUCUCGUGUCGUAAAGAUCACGCGUACACGUGUGCCCAUUAUCAAAUUCACGUACAUGACUCCCAGCGGUACCAGGCUUAACGGCGACAUCUCGAUCAACAACAAUAUUGGAGUGGCCAAGACUGAUAUGAUCGCGCAGUACAUCAGGAUGGAUCCGCGCGUCCGCCGGGUGCUCUUGGUUCUCAAGAAGUGGGGCGCGAGGCGAGAAAUCCCCAAUUACAACGUCAUGAACUCGUACGGCCUGAUGAUGAUGGGCAUUACGUUCCUUAUAAAUCAGGGGGUUGUGCCACCGCUGCAGAUGCUGUCGACCACUGAGGUGACUGAUGAGACCUGGCGGAACCUUGGCGCAAUACACUCGAGUAGCUCCUUGGUCAACUCUCUCUACCAGUGUGGCAGCCCGGGUGUAGCUGAAAACUUGAAUUUUCAGACUGCCAAUGGUGUCAGAUGCCUGGAAACCGACACUAUUCUGCCUGACUGCCCUAUUGACGGCAUGCGCACGUACUUUUACUCAGACAUUAAAGCGGCGCAAUCGUGGCAGAGCAAGAAUACGGACUCGGUGCCGCUGCUGAUAUACAAGAUGUUCCAAUACUACGGCUGCAAAUUCAACCCGAUGGCCAACGUCAUAUCGCCACGCCUGGGCUCAGCUGAGAUCCCAAGGGCGUAUUUGCCUCAACUCAAAGCUCCCAGCCCUAAUAUAUAUUUAUCCCAGCGGCAAAAAUGGCGCAAGGACCUGCGUCUCCUAGUCAUCGAGGACCCGUUUGAGUUGACUUUGAACUGCGGCCGCAAUGCAGGCCCCGAAUGGGUCGAGUGUUUUCUCUGGGAGAUGCGGCGGGCGGCUUGGGCGAUGCUUCCUAAGGAGAAAGCUAAACAUUAUGGCAGCAUUAGGCGGAUGAUGCUGCCUCCUUCAAGGGAUAUUUACGAGACGGCUGAGAUGUGGGCGUUGACUUUCCGCAUUCUGAAGGACGAGUUACACAUUUACCUUAAGGCACGUAAUGCAAAGGCGAUCAAAGAGUUGUAUGGGGAUCCAGUAAUCGACUUGGAGGUUAUGGAGAACGCGCAGAUGGAUGCCGAUAGUGCGCCAGCGAAUAGAUGUGCCACACUUAAUAGGUAUUGGUUUGCAAUGUAAAUGAGCUUGUUACAUACUUGUAAGCAAUUUGCUACUUGCACCUGCCUUAAUGUGCUCAAUUGCAUUUUUUUUGGGAUGGAAAAUGGCGAGAACAUAAAACAAUGAAUAAAUUUUUUUGUCCAACACCAAUUCCAGGUUACGACAUUAAAUGGUUUAAUGUCGCGAAAAUGAAAACCUGCAUCAUCGCGGGUCAAACAAUGAUUCCCUAGACAAUGAAUUGUCUUGCUCAACAUAUCAGGGCAUCU